CAAAAUGCAGCAGAGAUACAUAAAACCGGUUCAGUUGUAACCGUGGCGCGAUAAGCAGCGCAGCGCUCUUUCUUUUUCUCUUUUUUACACUACUUUUGCAGGAGCAGAGGCGUUAUAGGAAAGCAGUCGGCAUCAUCAGCUGUUCGAGGCUGGACUCUCAUUGCUGGAAGUCGGAGCUGAAGGAGUCACAUGACAGAACUGGAGGCAGAGAGCUAGAGAGGGGAAAAAGGCACAGCAUUCAGCCUCGCACCGCCAUACUGUAGCCUCUUUUGAGCCAUUUCACAUUUUUAUUGCAACAUUUUACUCCCGCUCGGCUUCAAGUUUUCAGCAUGCAGUGAUUCAGAUCGAGAGGGUAAAAAAAGAAAAGGAAAAAAAAGAAACGGGUGCGUUUAUCUGUCUCUGAGAAAGCCUCUCACUUUGCUUGCAGUUUUGCAGAAAUCCUGCGCAUUUACUGGUGGGUUUUGGGAGAUUUUUAGUAUUUUUAUUUUUUUAUUUUUAUUUUUUGGUUGUUUUGUGUGGAGGUUUGCUGUUGCUGUGGUUUUGGUUUGCAUUUUAGCAGUAUGGUUUGUGAUUUUGAUGAAACUCACCGGUGAAAUCCCUCGCUUUAACUUUGUUGCUCUUUUCUUUAUCUUUUACCGAAAACAAGGGAAUCAUUUUUAAAGCUCCCCUCUGACGUUUUAACGUGACACUUUUCUUGCAGCUGAGCUCACAGAUUCUUGGGAGAGUUCUAUUCGUUUUUGCUGUUUUCUAUUUCAACGAAGAUGAACAGACAUUUUCCCUUUUGCAGGAGGGCAACCGGAGGAGAAUGACUGGUAAAACCCAGACCAGCAACGUGACCAAUAAGAAUGAUCCACGUUCCCUCAACUCCAGAGUUUUCAUCGGGAACCUCAACACAGCCAUCGUUAAGAAGACCGACAUAGAGGUCAUCUUCGCCAAGUACGGCAAGAUAGUGGGUUGCUCUGUGCAUAAAGGUUAUGCAUUUGUACAGUACUUGAAUGAAAGGAACGCCCGGGCAGCUGUUGCAGGAGAAAACGCUCGCAUCAUUGCAGGACAACCUCUAGAUAUAAACAUGGCAGGUGAGCCCAAGCCAUACCGGCCUAAAGGUGCCUCCAAACGGCCACUCUCAGCUGUUUACAGUGGUUAUGAAUUUGAUUACGAAUACUACAGGGAUGAUUUCUACAGCAGGCUUUUUGAUUACCACGGCAGAGUGGCCCCCCCACCCAGAGCUGUGAUCCCCCUGAAGCGCUCCAGGGUGCUCGCUCCUUCCUCUCGCCGUGGGAAAACUUCCUUCCCUGUCAAAACAUCCUCCUCCUCCUCCUCUUCAUCCUCCAGACCUCCGACAUCGUCCUCUUCCACCUCAGGUGUCAAAUUGAAGACGGACCAGCUCCAGACCAUUAAACGAGAACUGACCCAGAUAAAAAUGAAGAUCGACUCUUUACUGGGACGUCUGGAAAAGAUCGAGAAGCAGCAGAGGACCGAAUCUGAGGCUCAACGAAAAUACGAUGACAACUGUGACUCCCUGCAUGAGGGGUCUGUGUCAGAGACUGCAGAAAACUCCGGAGAGGAGGCAGGCGAGGGAGGGCUAGACGUGGAGGCAGGCGAGAUGACCGAUGGAGGCGAGGAUGACUAUGACGAGGAGGGCAACCACCAUCUGAUAGAGAACCACGUAUCUGACAUUGACAACUGAGAUAAGGUCGAGGAAGCAAGCUCUCCCGGUUGUAGGUUUUAGAUUUCAUCAUCACCUGUGAGAGGCAGAAGAGGAAACCUGUGAGGGAUGAGGGUGGGGGACUGUAAGUUGUACUUUGAAGAUGCCAAGUCGUGUUUUGAUGCUCAGCUCUGCGGCAUGAACCAAAUGUGAUGUGUUCUUUAAGGAAAAAUUAUCCCAGACCCUGUUUUAACAUCAGAGUUAAGCUGCUUUUAUCACACGGCAAGGAGGGAACAGGAAGAUUUAUAAAUAAUUAUUGAUGCUUUUAUGAACUGUGCUUGCGCUCUAAUUCUACAAACUUUUCUUUAAAUGUUUUUAUUUCUUAAAAAUGAAAUAAAUAACUUAAGGACAAUCUCUUGCCGCAAAGUGGUGUUAAGAAAAUAAACGAAACACCACUACCGUCUGAUUUUGGAUUUGGACUCUUACAUACGCCAAUAGCUGUGUGCAUAACAUUAUCCAGCUUUAUCCAUUUAUCACAAAAAUGUCCCUGUGGGGCUGUUCCAUCUUGUAUCUCCACUCCUGCCAAGUUUCAGAAGCAGCGAGGGCUUCCUGUGGUGGAGUGAGCCAACCCUGGCAGCAACCUCCUGACAGGGAAGCAGGGCCAUGUCUCCUCCCUGCUCAGCACUGUGCAUCCUAACAUGGACUGCUGCUGUUCUCCUGCACCAUCUCUUUCAUUCGGCACUGUUUUAUAGCAUUCCAUUCAAAGGAGAGAGAGCAAGGCAGGAGUUUUCAAAAGGAUGGAGGGGUUUUUUUUUCUGUUUUUUUUUUUCACUUUUUCGAACCACAAAUUUUAAUGUAUGUUAUUGGGAUUUCAUUUACUAAAACACAAAGCACUGCUAUAUUGUAUAAAGGAAAUGCUAAUCUCAUAACCCAUAAAUAAAAAUAAGUACAUAAGUAAAUAAAAAAAUAAAAAAGUAUAUCUUACAGAGCAUUGUUCAGCUCAUCAUCUGAAAAGGAGUAUGACACAACUGACAUGCUACAAAGGUUGACAAACACAUUGGAGUCUCAGGUGGACAGAAUGGCUAUUAAGUGUUCUAUCCACAAAACUGUCUGUUUUUAGAGUGGGUUUUCUUCAUCAUGGAAGGCAAACCAGAUAAAAAUUGAUAGGAAAAUGGAGGUAGCUUAAUGGAGCAUAUUCCUGGAAGAAAAUCUGUAAGAGUUUGGCUACAUUAGAAUAGUUUACUUCAGAGAACAGAGGUUCUCCAUCCAAAGGGGUAAAGCCUGACAUUUGAUUAAAAUAUUACUACAUAAAGGUAGUUAUGCAAAGUAUUGACUUAGGGAGGCCAUAAAAAACAUUUAUUUAUUUUGGAAAAUAUCAAAAAUAAUUUAUCUUCAAAUUUGCUUUUGGUAAAAAUUUCAUGAUGGUUUAACAAAUACAGUCCAAGUAAGACACAUUUGGAUGUAAUCUGACAAAAAAAAAGGUAUACACAAGAAUGCCAAACAUACUCAAAUAUUUGAAAUCACCUAUUUUGUAUAUUUAGAAUUUCUCUGAUUAAAAUCAGACUUUAUUUUCCCUGAGUGGUUUCCUUGCAAUUUAAUUUUAGGAUUGAAAAAGUGAAGAGAACACAGGGUUUGGAAAUCAUGCAAAUAAAUGUUUUAAAUGAAUUUGGUCCAGAAUCCUACUGAUUCAAAUGCUUUUAUGCAGUAAAGUCAUAAAUGCAUCCAUUAAGAUCCAAUGUAGUAAACACAGUCAAAUUCAAUUAAUCAUAGGUUGCCAAUUAGUAAAAAAUCUUU